AUGAAGUUCAAAAGUUUAACCUUGUUAGCGAUCACAGCUUUCAUUGGAUUACUCACUCGCUGCACACUCGCAAACCCAGAUGGAUUUCUAAGUAUUAAUUGUGGCGCUUCAAAUAAUGGCACGAAUGGAGAGAUCGACUGGAUUACAGAUUCCUUGUUCAUCAAAUACAGAAACACCUCCAUUAUGCCUCCAUUCACUCUUAUCAAUACCCCCUACCAAUAUCAGUCAAUGGCCUAUUUUACAAAUAUGGAAGCCAAUAAAUAUUGUUACUUACUGCCCGUGAGGCCUCAUAUACAAUAUCUAGUAAGGGUCAGUUUUUUUUUAAAGGGAUUUGAAAAUCUUCGUUUAGCAAGCACCUUCGACUUGUAUAUAGAGGGAAUCAAUUGGGCAAAAGUGAAGCUGACAAAUUCCCAAAUGUAUCGCCCUAUGUAUUACGAAAUCAUCCUGGCCCCCAAAAGGGAUAGUAUGACUUUAUGCCUGGCUAGAAAUUCAGACACACAAGAAAGUUAUUAUGUUUUCAUUUCAACCAUUAGGUUGAGGCCGCUACAACCUGCAAUGUAUAAUACUUUCACUGAUUUCAACUACAGCGCUUUGCUUCUCUUCUAUCGUAUCAAUUUUGGCAGCUCUUAUGAGAUAAGUUUUCCCGACGACCAGUAUGAUCGCCUGUGGGAACCUCCUCAGGUCACGUUAACAUCAACUUAUGUGAUCAGCACGAAUGACUCCUUUUUGGGGAGCAUAAGAAACCAGCCACCUGUAUCAGUACUAAAGACUGCUAUUACGUCCCUUUUAGGGGAAGAUCAGUUGCUUGUUUCGAACUGGCAUAUUCUUCCCCAGGGCAUUUAUUAUUUUGCUGUUUACUUGUGCAACAUCAAUAAGACAAGUCUUUCAGGGAAUAACACAUUUCAGAUCUUCAUUGGCAAUGUUCAAAUCGCAGAAAUAGUCGUUCCUGAGUAUAUGUACUGUUUGUCACCAGAAACUCGUCUAGAGCUUAGCACAACUGAUUCUACAGAUAUAAGAAUACGUUCAAAAACAGGAUCCGAGAUGAGGCCAUUCAUAAAUGCAGCUGAAGCAUAUCAAAUAGUAAAGAUCACCAAUAUGACACACGCCGGAGAUGUACUCGCUAUUAGAAAAAUAGCAGAUACAGUGAAUGUUCCAGAUGAUUGGACAACAGGAGAUCCAUGUUUACCUGCAGGUUUACCAUUAACUGGUGUUAUGUGCAAUGAGGAAGAUCCUCCACGAGUGAUUAUUGUGAAUUUAACAAACAAAGGUCUCACUGGCAACAUACCUCCAACCAUAGCCAACUUAACAGCAUUAAAACAGUUGCUGUUAGGCAACAAUAAUUUUUCAGGUUCUAUUCCAGACCUCAGCACACUGAUGAACCUUACGUCAUUGCAACUGCAAAAUAAUCGACUGACUGGAGAUAUUCCGAGUUCAUUAGAGAAGCUUCCCAUGUUAAAUGAGCUUUUUUUGCAGAACAACAAAUUAGAUGGAGAUGUGCCACCUGGUUUAGUUAAGCCUGGUUUAAACCUCCAAGUUCUUCCUCAAAGUAAGUUUCUACAGGACAAGAAAAACAAAGAAAAAGGUAGGAUUAUAGGACCUGCUAUUGGCUAUAAAGAUGAUCCAAAUGAAUUUCAAAAAGUGGUGGUAGAAUAUAGUGAAGAAGAUAUUAAAGCAGCUACAAACAACUAUUCUACAAUCAUUGGUAAGGGAGGCUUUGGCAUUGUGUUUUAUGGUCAACUAUCAGGAAACGAUGUUGCAGUGAAGAUACUUUCAACUGAUUCAUGUCAAGGAAAACAAGAAUUUCGAAAUGAGGUAACUCUCCUUUCAAGGGUACACCACAAGAAUCUUGUAAAUCUUCUUGGGUAUUGUAGACAGCCUAUAGUUGCCUUACUAUACGAAUUUAUGGAAUAUGGAACAUUGACGAACCAUAUACACGGCUCUGCUAAACGAGAGAGACCACUUGAUUGGCAAACUAGGAUUAAUAUUGCUCUACAAGCUGCAGAGGGUUUGCUAUACCUUCAUGAGGGUUGUAGCCCUCCUAUCAUACACAGAGAUAUUAAAUGCACUAAUAUACUUUUGGAUAAAAAUAUGUCUGCCAAGAUUACUGACUUUGGUUUAUCAAAGUUACUGCAAAACUCUCGAAGCCAUGUAACAACAGAAGUCAAGGGCACCCUCGGCUAUCUUGAUCCCGAAUAUUAUGGAACGUCGUCAUUAAAUGAAAAGAGUGAUGUCUAUAGUUUUGGUGUAGUUUUAUUCGAGAUUAUUUCUGGAGUACCACCCAAGGAGGGAAUUGUUGAAUCGGCUAAAAUAUUGCUUUCAUGCGGGAGAAUAGCAGACUUGAUGGAUUCUUUGUUGGGUGGCCAAUAUAGUUUAGAAUCUGCAUGGAGAGUUGCAGAGGUUGCGUACAAUUUUGUGGAACCAAGACCAGUAAAUAGACCCACUAUGAAUACUGUUGUGAAAGAGCUAGCAGAAGCAAAGGCACUUGUAUCACAUGAUGGCAUUAAACCUACAUCUUUAAAAGUACUGGACGACGUGCCUAAAGCUCGAUAG